CGCCCGCCCGCCGCAGCGCAGCGCACGCAGCACGCCAGGACGGCCUCCCGCGAGAGUGUCGCGCCCGCCGCGCCCGCCCCGGCCCGCCGCCCGCAGGCGCGAGCAGUGAGAGACCAGUGUGCAGUGUGACCAGUGCAGUGGCGACCAUGAUGUGCGACACAGAACGGACACGCGCCGACGCUGACGAGGUCGCGGGCAGGACUGUCGUACCCAGGUGGCGGUCGUCGGCGUCGUCGACGGCGGCGGAGGCGGCCUCGGCCACACGGCGGUCCCCGCCGGUGCUGUGGGUCCUGGCGCUCGCCCUGCAGGCCUUGCUCCUGGUGGCUCCUCAAACUGCUGCAGGUUCGUCGAUAUCUCUACCGGAAGCGAAGGCCAUCCUGGACAAAUGGCGACCGGAGGUCCAUGGCGCGGUCGCCGUAAAAGUCGGGGAAAUCCCGUACCAGGCCUCCAUCCGCCUGUACUCGCCCGAGGCCAACCAGCACAAGUGCGGCGGUGCCAUCAUCAGCCCCUGGCACAUCCUCACCGCCGCGCGCUGCAUCUCCUAUGCGUCACCCCUCGCACCCGAGUCGGUGUUCGUGGUGGUCGGGGCGGUCAAGAGGUCCUCGCUGGACGAGGGCGACGUGGACACCGUGGUGCGCAAGGUGGCCCACAUCGCCAGGCACCCGGACUUCAGCUCCCGCGACCAGCGGAACGACCUGGCGCUUCUCACGCUGAGCGUGGCGCUGCCCAUGCACAAGAUGGACCGGGUGGCGCAGAUCCCGCUGCCCGUGGGCGACAUCCAGGUGCGCGUCGGCACCACCUGCGUCGUGAGCGGGUGGGGUAACAACACGGUAAGCGGUAACACGGGCCAGACGCUGAUCGAGUCAGACGCGCUGCUCACCGCCGAGGUGCCCUUCAUCGGCCGGGACCUGUGCGCCAUGAUGUACGAGCCCACCCAGCUGCCCGCCGGCGUCAUCUGCACGGCGCACCAGAAGGGCGGCGCGGGCGCCUGCGUGGGUGAUCCGGGCGGCCCGCUGGUGUGCAACGGCUUCCUGGCCGGCACCGUGUCCUGGGGCUCGGGGUGCGGCUCCAGCGCGCGGCCCACAGUCUACACGAGCCUGGCCGACCACGUGGCCUGGGUGCGUGACCGGAUGGCGGACAACCCCCGGGCUGGCGGGGGCGGUGGUGGCGGCGGCGGCCGACCCGGCGGCUACGACUCGGGGGCGCGGGGGGUGACGGCGGCUGCGGUGCUCCUGGGGGCAGCCGCCCUGCUGCACCUGUGCAGAGACACGCUAUAACGGCGGCAGUGACUGUGUAAUUUAAUGUUUACAGCUGUGAAUAGGCACUAGUGAAUAGUUGUAAGGGGCGUUACCGAAGUGAGUUGAUGACCGUCUUCUAGCUCGUUCUCUAAAAGUAGUUUCGAAAACAACAAUGAACGAGGCUUGACGAUCGACCAUGCCUUUUCUUCUUCCGUGAGUUGUCUCUUUCGUCUUGAAACGUACGUGUACAAUUUAUUAUAAAUACGGUUGUAAUAUUGACCGACGAACUGAGAUCUUUAAACUAAUUGUAAGAUGUUUGUACAAAGAUAAGCAUAGAUACUUUCUAAACGUGUAAAUAAGGACAGUCGUUUUUAGGAAAAGAGAUUAUGUGGUUUAUUGUUCAACAAAGACUAUGAAUUAAGCCACACCGUGAACAUCAUAAUUUACUUGUCAAUAUAACUUAAUAUCACUGUUUAAUCACUUAAUGUACUAUGUACAUAUAAACAACUAAGUAAUACUU